AUGAAAUUGUUAUCUAAAAACCCGUUUCCACCAGGUUGCAUUGGCCGUGGGCCCGAAGAUUGGCAGCUCGAGACACAGUGGGAUGAGCGUUGGCUCCAACCAAUUCACCAGAAUCUCCUCCCGAGAAGUUGUGGUGGCGCGUUGCGGCGAGUUCUGCCGGGCCCAACAUUGACUACAAGAAGCUCGUGGCGCCCCUCAAGAGGUCCCGGCUUCUUCUUUCCCUGCAGGGAGCAGUCCUUCGAAAAUAGAGCGACUGCGUCUACCUGCGGCCGCCCUGAUCUUCCGCGCCCUCCAUUCUUUCUACCCUACCCAGUGAAUUUCGCGAAGAUUACGGUCAAACCGGUUCCCGCCGCCCAACCCGCGAAGAUGGGAACGGCCACGAAACGCGCCCAGACGGGCUCCCCGACCUAUUUCCGCCCCGCGCCGUCGGAGAUCAACUUCGGGAAGAUGAGGUUCCUGAUCACGGACAGACCGUCGAAUGCCACCAUCAACUCCUAUAUUGAGGAGCUCGAGAAGCACAAGGCGUGUGCCGUGGUGCGAGUGUGUGAGCCGAGCUAUGAGACCGAUCCGCUCAGGACGCACGGCAUUGAUGUGUUGGAUUGGGAAUUCAACGAUGGAAGUCCGCCACCACCGGAAGUGAUCGAGAAAUGGCUGCACCUAGCCAAGGAGAUGUUCAAGGAGCACGAGGGUCAAUGUAUUGCCGUCCAUUGCGUGGCGGGGCUGGGAAGAGCUCCAGUUCUUGUCGCGCUGGCACUCAUUGAAGCCGGGAUGAAGUACGAGGACGCCGUCGAACUCAUCAGGAAGAACCGACGCGGCGCCCUAAACCAAAAGCAACUAAUCUUCCUGGAGAAGUACAAGCCGACCGGGGAGUUGCGCAAGCUCAAAUACAAGGGCAUCGACGGGAAGCACAGGGCGUGCUGCAUCCAA